AUGUAUAUUCCAGGUGAUUGGAGAAUCAGUGCCGACGAUCGAACAAAGUACGAUUCGUACUUUCAAAAAUGUAAUCCGAUCCAAGGUUAUGUAACGGGUGAACAGGCACGCUCGUUCUUUGUUCAAUCAGGUUUACCCGCCGAUGUUCUUCGUAAAAUAUGGGAUCUUUCGGAUAUAACCGCGGAUGGCCGGUUAGAUAAACGAGAAUUUACUAUUGCUUGUCAUUUAAUUGCUUCACAAGUUCAGAAAAAAGUUCCACUGCCAGCAACACUACCCCCGACGCUUCUCUCUGACGCCAUAAUUAUAACUGCAAAUGGUGCUCUACCGGUCAUGUCCGCAUUCCCAACAUCUAUCACUCCACCUGGUCAACCACUGGCUGCAAGUCAUUUGUUGAAGCCAGCAAUCAUCCCACCUUCCCCAUUAACUCCAGCUAGUCGAUCAAAAUAUCUACAACAAUUUCAUUCAUUAGUCGAUGUAACCAAAACCAAUGGAUUUAUGACCGGUUCACAAGCAAAAAAUAUUCUCCAACAAACAGGUUUAUCACAAACGUAUCUGCAUCAAAUUUGGAAUUUAGCUGAUAUUGAUAAAGACGGUCGUUUGACACCUGAUGAGUUCGUCGUUGCGAUGCAUUGUUGUGAUAUUGUACGUGCUGGUCAAACACUGCCAACACGUUUACCAGACGAAUGGUUACAAGGAAACACGAUGCCACGCGAUCAGACAAGUUCAUUGGCAAGGCAGAAUGUCAGCCCAGCCUUUGCCAGUCUUCAUCAAGAUUUGAAAGAUACAUUUUCGUCGCAUAUUUCGACGGAAAAUCACACAAGCGAGAACGCAGAGACUGAGCGAAGGAAUAGUAUUGUAACUUAUGAAGAGAAACGACAGAAAAAUUAUGAGGAUGGAUUCAAAGAAAUAGAACGACGGCGACAAAUGUUACGUGAACAGGAAGAACGUGAACAGAAAUGCCGUGAAGAGCGCGAACGCAAACGUGAAUUAGAUUUACAAAAGCAAAAAGAAGAACAAGAGCGUAAAAAACAACUAGAAUUUGAACGACAAUUAGCACGUCAACAACAGAUCGAACAGCAAAGAGAGGAAGAACGAAGAAAACUAUUCGAACAACGAGAAGCAGCAAGAAAAGAAAUGGAAAGGAAAAGUCGUCUGGAAUGGGAACGUCAACGUUUACAAGAACUAUCAGCACAAAAGUCUCGUCUUCUCGAGCAAAUCAAUGAUGUCAAAUCACGUGGUAAAGCUCUUGAAUUAGAAUUACAAAGUAUGGGCGAUACCAUACAAGCACGUCAGACCAAAAUUAAUCAAACCAAUACAAAUAUUCAAACGAUUGAUCAAUCGAUCGAUGAUAUUCAACGACGUGCCCUACAAGACAAAAAUCUUCUCGAAAACGUUGAGCAACAAAAAAAAGAGACAAUGAUGAAGCUACAUCGAAUACAAACUGAGAAAGAAUCGAUCACUUCGUCAUUGCAACAUUUGAGCCAGUCAAAAGAAUUUAGUACUGGAAGUCGAGAAUCGGACCAACUGAGAUUCGCUCAAUUACAACUCGACAAUAUGAAACAAGAAAACGUUCGAUUGGAUGAACAAAUUGCAACCAUGAAUCAUCAAUGUAAACAAUAUCAAAAUCAAAUGGAGCAACUUCGUCUUCAAUUGAGUCAACUUGAACAAAGUGCUCGAAACCCAAAACCAUCAGUGAAUAAAACCAUGCCUUCAACAGCUCUCGCUAAUUACGAUCAAUUUCAUGCUUCGAAUGAUUACAAUCCUUUACCUUCCUCGAUUCCCAUUGCUUCUCCGUCAGCUCUUGAUGUCGAUCCGUUCCAAACAGUGGAUCCAUUUGCUUCUCAAUCUGAUCUAGGUUCACCUAGUACGACCGAAACAAACAAUGUUUGGUUUCAGUCACCUACAAAUGCUGUAUCGCCAAAUGAUCCAUUUCUUACCAAGCCAGAGUUUGCAUCGCAGGCGCCAAAAUCCCUGCCGAAAACCAACGGAAAGCAAUCAUCAGUGGCUGAUCCGUGGGGUAGUGCAAACGUAGCAAAUAAUAAUGGAGCGAGUUGGGACGCAUUUAGUACUACGAAUUCACCAUUUGGCACUACAGCGAAUGAGUGGCCACAACCACCACCAACCAAAAAUGGGAGUGCAUCAACUGGUACAAUUCAAUAUCGUGCAUUGUACGAUUAUGUACCGGAACGAUCCGAUGAAAUUGCAGUCACUGCUGGAGAUAUUAUAACGAAAAAACCCUCGGAGGCAAAGCAUGUUUAUCUUUCUAUUUAUCUUCUUCUUGCGCACGUCGAUCCAACACAACAACAAGACGAAAAUUGGCUCUUCGGAAGAACUGGUAAUGGUAAAGAAGGAUUCUUUCCAAGUGCAUACGCUGAACCUAUCUCAUCUUCCACCUCAUCUUCCGCCAAUGAAAAUAGUAUCGAUACAACUUCACAGUUAAUAUCUGGUUCGUGGGCAAUGACAGUCGCAGAUUAUCAGGGCAAAACAGUGGAUAAGCAUUUAUCAUUUCAAAAAGGUGAAAUGAUUCUUGUUCGUGAACAGAAAGAUGCCACUUGGUACAGUGGACAAUUGAACCAAAAAGUCGGUUGGUUUCCGAGAAGUUAUGUUCGACCAGCAACUGAAGUCGAAAUACAAAAUAAUAAAAAUACUGCCAAGAACACACCCACGACUCCAAGUUCAACGAAUGCAUUCGCUCCACCCAACGGUGUAUCUUCGAAUGGCGAUGGUAUAGCUUUACGUCAAGCACCAAAUAUACCGAUGAUUGCUGAUGUAUAUGUAUCGAUCUAUUCAUAUGAAGCAACGGAUCCAGGUGACUUAACCUUUGAUGUUAACGAACGUAUUACCGUGUUGCAACGUGAUGGGGAUUGGUGGACAGGAAAGAUCGGCAAUCGUGUGGGAACCUUUCCCAGUAACUACGUACAAAAAGUUGAUAAUCCAUUGCAAGAAACAGUGACAGCUAUCAAUUCGUUCCAUAGUAAAGAGGAGAAUCGAUUGUCAUUUGAGCGAGGUCAACUCAUCUACAUAAGGAAAAAAGGUGAUAAAGGGUGGUAUCAAGGAGAAAUUCGAGGCGCAAAUCAACCAAUACAAGUUGGUUGGUUUCCAGCAAGUUGUGUCCAUUUACAAAAUGCAUCCUCACCAUCAACACCUACUGCCACAUAUCAAAAUACUCAAGAAUAUCCACGUUAUGUGGCUAAUUUUGCAUAUGAAGCUCAACAAGAUGAUGAAUUAAGUUUUCCAGCUGAUGCCAUUCUAGAAAUCUUAGAUCAAGGCGGUAGUACAGGUUGGUUUAAAGCACGUUAUAAUAAUCAAACUGGUCUCGUUCCAUCAACAUAUGUCAAACCAUUGGAAGAAUCAACGCCAUUUUUAACUGCACCACAACAUCUGCCAAGUGAUCCUUCACGCGUAUCUGCGAUUCGAGAAUUAAUUGAAACUGAACAGCGUUAUGUCGAUGAUUUAUUCAUUGUUGCGAAUGAUUUUAUAAAACCAUUAAAUAAUGCUCGCAUUUUAAGCGAUUAUGAAAUCGAACAAAUAUUUAUCAACUGGAUUAGUUUAAUUGCAUUAAAUAGUACUCUACUCAGCGCCUUACAAGAACAAGUCAAUUAUAAGGAAGAUAUGUCAUCGACAGAAAAUGGAGUUCUUAUGAGAACACCACGAUCAGCAUCAUUAUCAAAUAUUCAACUAGCGCUCCAAUUACCAUCGAGAAACAGCAUAUCCGAUCGUCAUCGUUCGCAUACACCGGAAGUUUUGCAUUCGCCAACUCUUCGUCGUCUUAAACAUUUCAGUGUUCAUCACAAUCGAUCACCUUCAAGCCAAAACUUAGCAUUAAAAGGAAAUAUGGAACAUUUGGGUGAGCCCGUGUCUCCACCGUCACCCGUAUUUCAGUCAUCAGCUUCGAUGACAAUCAAUGAAUCGACUAAAAUCGGUGAUAUCCUGUGUCUACAUUUACCCAGUAUGGUGAACGAUUACUUUCAAUAUUGUAGUCGUCGUGCCCAAGCAAAUAAAUCGUUUCAAGCAAAAUGUGAUUCGAAUGAACAUUUUCGGUCCCAAUUACAAAUAUUUCAGGACAAAACCGGUGGCUUAUCAUUGAACGGUUUUUUGACAAAACCAAUCCAACGUGUUACACGUUAUCCGCUAUUAAUCGAAAAAGUUCUCAAGCAUACGUCGGAAAAACAUGCAGACUAUGCCUCAAUCAAGCAAGCGCUAGAAUGUGCACGUCAAUUAAACGAGCGAAUCAACAAGCAGAUAAGUGAACAAGAAAGUAGUUCACGAUUAGAUUGGUUACAACAACACUUAACAUUUGGUAGUGAUGAGAAUUGUUCAGAUGGCUAUUUAUUUGAUGAACUAUUGAAAUUUAAUUCAUUGAAUCGAUAUCAUAUUCAACGACAGUUACUUUUACAUGGCUUAGUCUUAAAAGUACCAAGUGGUAAAGAAUUAUUAGGAUUUUUAUUUAAUGAUUUCUUGCUAUUUGCAACAAUGAAAUCAUCGAGUAAUUGGCAAACUCAAUUGUUUGAACGAAGAACAAAUUUUCAACUGAAACUUUAUCGAAUGCCGAUAUUUUUAACUGAUAUUAUCAUUGCGAAUGAUUCACUGCACGAUCAAUUGACAUUUUCAAUUACUACAAAAAUCCAUGAUAAACCGUUACAACUUAAAACACAACAAACAAAUGUUCGAACUCUAUGGGUUAAAUCCAUCAAUAAUGCUGUGGAAGAAUGUCAAGUAGCUGAAAAGUCUAUUCUGGCUGAUAAAGCUAUGUUCACUGUGACAGAAAAUAAGCGUGAUUCUAAAACAGCCGUUGCUCGUCUUCUACUUGUAGUACAAGAAGCACAGGAUCUGGUGCCAGCGCCCGUUGCAGCUGAACGACAUCGCUCUGUUGAUCCAUAUUGUGAAAUAACUAUUGGCGCGUUAACAUUAAAAACUUCAUUUGCUAAACGAACAACUAAACCGAAAUGGAAUGCACCUAUGCAAUUUCUUUUAUAUAAUUUAGUUGACGAUAUCAUCCAUAUCAAUAUCUUUGACAAUGAAUUUUUUUCGCCCAAUGAAAAUCUCGGUUCAACAUCGAUUCAUCUAGGUGAUCUCCUACCCUGUCCAUUAGAUAAAUUCUUAACUCAACCGUCACUACCAUUUACACAGAAACUCUAUCUUAAUAAUGGUGCCUCAUUGGUGAUCAAAUGUACUAUUCAACUCCUAACAUCGUAA